GUGUGUAUAAGAAAAAAACCAAAAUAUCGAUUCAUCGACCUUACAUCAUCUCUAUAUCGCAUCCAACGAGAAUCGACUGACGUUCAGUGAUGUUGGGGGUACUCCUUAAGGUCGCUUGUAUUGAAAGAGAAAGAGAGAGAGAGAGACUAAUAUAACCCAACUUUCAACUGUGGUUGACGUAAUUUGAAUAUUCACGUAUAUUAAUCGCAAUUUAGUAAAAUUUUAUCAACAAUUUUUUCCUGCAUAAUCAACUUUUUGUUGCAAUGAGUUUACCUAGAAUUUUGAUCGCUAGUACGAAAGAAGGGAAAGGAGCAGAAAUUGCAGAAAAUAUAGGUGCAGAACGCUUGUCAGAGCGAGAUGAUACUGUGGAUUAUUUAUGGAACAUUGAUAACAAAUAUUACACAUCACAGGUUUUAGUGUGUAUUAUAGGAAAGCUAUCUACCAAGCUACCACCAAUGGAAGGAGUAACCGCAUUGAUUGUCUACCAUGAUCCACAGGCGGAGAAAGUUGAAGAAGAACUAGAGCACUUGACAUCUUGGAUCAUUCAGUCAAGCUCAGCAGAAGUACUUUUAUUUACCUGCAGUGCAAUAUCUGAUAUGAUUUUAAGGGAUAAAGUGUUGAAUUGGUGUGUAUUGAAUAAAUUUGAGCUGGUUGAAUUGGAACAGGAAACAAUCCAGGAUUCAGAAUCCGAUGUAGAGGGUAAUAAAUAUGGCAUCGAAAGGAUCGUAGAAGCUCUACAUGCUCAUACAUGGCCUAACAUUGUACUGAAAGAUAAACCGUUGUGCGUGGAAGAAGCACCGGACGUAAAUGAAAUUAGAGAAUUAUUUGAAAACAUCCGAUUAACUUGUGAUCCUUCUGAGAGACUACGCAUGCAAGAUAUGCUUGAUGGUAUCAUGGGUGAGCAUGCGGACUUUGGAGAAUUGUUUAGCAAACUGAUGGCCAUGAAAGAACAUGCGGCGUCUUUGCCGACAAACGAAAAACGCAGAGCAGCCGAGCAAAUAGUUACUGCCUUUUGGAGGGCUAUAGGCGGAGAUCUUUUAGAAAUUGAGGACACACCAAAUUAGAUAUUUUUUUCCUAAAAUGAACUGAAAACUAAUUAGCCUAAGGCUAGCAAGAGUUGUAAAUCGUGACGAAUAUUUGAAAGACACGACGGAUGACUUAACAAUGUGCCCGCACGCAACGGUAAAAGUAGUGUUAUCAGGACGGUCAAAAUAUAGUGUUCUGUGUGCAAUGAAAUGAAAAGAUUACACAUCAUUAUGAAUUGUAUAUCUUGUAAUUAUAUAAUCAAUAUUAUAAUAUUUCAUUCCCUAGA